AUGCCGCCCAAGGGAUCCAAGGCACCCGGCAAGCCGACCAAACCACCCGGCAAGGGAACCAAGGCACCCGUCGAGGCGACAAAGCCAGAUGGCCCGGACCCGGCUGAAGCAGGUGAUGAGCCAGAUGAGCUGAACGACAGCAACGACGUUCAAGGCACGGGGAGACCAAAGCGCAUCCCCAAGAAGACACAAAAGGCCUUAGAAGCCCAAGGCGAUGCCAUCGAGGACGGGAACCUCGAGGAUCGUGCACCGGAAGAAGGGGUUCUUGAGGACAACGUCCCUGGAACCGAAGCUGCCGCUAGCACUGAAGAAGCUACCGAAGGUGACGCAGCUCCAGCACAAAACGGCGAUGCGGAUGUUCCGUUCGAUACGUAUCAAAAGCGGAAGCCCCUGGCCACGGAGGUAAAGUUGAUAUGUCGAUUCCACGGCGUGAAAAUCCAGAGUACCAAAGACAAAUGCGUGGAUGCAAUCACGGACAAGUUAGGUCUCUCCUUCGAGGAUAUAGUCAACGCGUAUCGACUACAAGAAGCUAAGAAUAAAGCUGCAUCUGUGCCCGCUGAUCGUCCGUUACCCGUUGCUGGUGGUGAUGGGACUAGGGAAGAGGCACCGAAGGAGGCACCGAGGAAGCAACCGCCCCGUGACGUAAAGGAGGACGUGGUCAAAGGGAACCAAAAGAAGGCGACGACGACCAAAGCUAACACCGGUUCCAAACCGCCCAAAGUCACGACUACUAAGAAGGGCACUGUGAAGCCGACCGAACUCAAUGCUCCGGCAGGGGCUAUGAGUGCACAGCAGACGGACGAUUACAAUCGUCUACGUGCGAUCCGGAACAACCCGGAUGGCCUGUCCGACAAGGAGCUACGUGAAGAGCGAGAUAAGCUUGGCGGAGUGACUCGUGUUCAACUCGAAGACUACAAUCAGGUGCGCAUGGCACUGUCAAGAAAUCGCAAAGAGGAACUGGCCAAGUUUCGCCUCGCAGACCAACUGCGCAGAAACACGCUGGCGGCUACUCUGACGGGCCAGAACCCUCCAGAAGACGUUCCUGAAGAGUACAGGACUCAAAGAUCAACUCUAGGAGGGUGGGAGUAUGCUUCGGCGAGCGCGGAAGCGACGGCGCACCAACAGCUGGGCGGAGAAAGAGAUUAUGGGUUUGAAGAUAAUCUCAAGCCAAGCGUAAAGGAUGUGCUCUUGUUGCGAACGAACUUGGCAAGAUAUUUCCCCGAUCGACCGGAUCCUACCGCCAAUAUCGACAUCGUCUGGAAAGCAUGGGAUAUGGAAGAAGUUAGGCUUCAGGAAGGCACAAUCUUCACUCGGCCAGUGGUCAAUCCUGGGAUCGGUUUCGUGCCUCGAGGACCGGGCGAAUGGAGGUUCAACAGUACAUAUGAACACAGGCCUGACAAGACUGCUGCAGAGGUAUGGAAGCUACGCCAAGAAGCCCGUGCCAAAGGCAAGCGUGACAUUAGGCAUGACCUGGACAUUGCUUGGUGGCCUCAGCUCGAUGGGCUCUACAGUCCUCGCGACAGCGAAGAGCGGGACAUUGAGCCUGGAGUCGAAGAUGGUGGAGGUGAUGGUGAUGAAGACGACGAUGGAAAUGGCGGCGAAGGUCCAUCUGGAGGCCCAGCUGAUGAGGAAGAUGACGAUAAUAAUGGAGGCGAAGGCCCAUCAGGAGGCCCAACUGGUGGGCAAGACGACGAUGAGGGUGGCGAAGAAGGUCCAUCUGGAGGUCCUGCUGGUGAGAAGAAUAAGCAAGAUGAUGCCGAGGGACAGGAUGAAGUUAACGCUAAGGAUUCUGCGGAAAAGAACCCGCAAUCAUCGGUCGCCCAGCAGGGAGACUCUGAACCUCCCGUUGCUAGCAACGCCUCAAGCAAGCGGGCUCGCGGCGGUAAGAAGGUCGCGCAGCCAGAUGCUAAGACCCAGCAGACCGCACCAAAACCCAAGAGAAAGCAAGCGGAUGAAUCGACUUCUAAGCCGGCGAAGAAGGUAAAGGUAUAG